GAUAAGAGUCGGUGCGGGCUCGGUCUCCGCCUCAGUAGAGCUGGGCGGCCGCGGUCGGGCCCGUGCUGGGGGGGUGGUGGCUGCGGCACCGCCGUCGCUCUUCGGCUGCGUAACUCUCCCCGGCGCCGAGCCGCGGCCCUUCCCUUCCCCUCAGGCCCAGCGGCGGCGAUGGGUUCCCGGGCAUCCACACUGCUGCGGGAUGAGGAGAUCGAGGAGAUCAAGAAGGAGACGGGCUUCUCCCACAGUCAAAUCACCCGCUUGUACAGUCGCUUCACCAGCCUAGACAAAGGAGAAAAUGGCACUCUUAGCCGUGAAGACUUCCAGCGGAUUCCAGAGCUUGCCAUCAAUCCACUGGGAGACAGAAUUAUCAAUGCCUUCUUUCCAGAAGGAGAGGACCAGGUGAAUUUCCGUGGAUUCAUGAGGACACUAGCCCACUUCCGACCCAUAGAAGAUAACGAAAAGAGCAAAGACCAGAAUGGGCCAGAACCACUGAACAGCCGAAGUAACAAGCUCCACUUUGCUUUUCGGUUAUAUGAUCUAGAUAAAGAUGACAAGAUUUCCAGGGAUGAGCUGCUUCAGGUGUUACGGAUGAUGGUUGGUGUGAACAUUUCAGAUGAGCAGUUGGGCAGCAUUGCUGACAGGACAAUCCAGGAAGCUGAUCAAGAUGGAGAUAGUGCCAUCUCCUUUGCAGAGUUUGUAAAGGUUUUGGAGAAGGUGGAUGUAGAGCAGAAAAUGAGCAUUCGAUUUCUUCACUGAUGGAUGGAGAACCUAUUCCUUUCUACCCCUGCUAUAUAAUGAAUAGAACUUCAUUUUCUCCUUAGCACCUUGCCCCAGAGCAUUGCUACUGGUGCAUAUACAAUACAUCUCCAACCCCUCCCUGAUUUGUUCUACCAAUGUGAACAUUCCCUGUGCAUCAGGAACAAAGGGAAAUGGCUGCCAUGCAACUUGGAAAUGAGCGUGUUUGGUUUUUUUAAAACAUUUUCCUUCUAUUUUUUUUUUACCCUUUAUCCCUUGUCUCCUUCUGCACUACUGUUUCAGCAGAAAUGUCUCUCCUUAUGUACUGCUGUUUAAUCUACAAACUGAUUCUUCUGAGCUCUGAAUCUGAGAAUGGAAAAAUGGGAACACGCCACAGAAGCGCCCUCUGAAACACUUUGGAGACAAGCAUCUACUCAAAUACUAGGUGCAGUGAUAAUGAUUCACUUUUGCUUCCAGCAGCAACACCACAUUACAGCUGCCUUUUUUUUUUUCCCCAUUUGGCUCUUUACAUGCAGAUUUGUUUCUUCACUGCUUCCAAAUCUGUGUUUUACUUGAGGACUUCUCAAUUUCUAUGGCUUCAUUGUACAACUAGCCCUGUAUGCAUGAUGAUAGCCUAGAGUACUUUAAAGUACUGUGAAAAGAUUUUUAUUCUCUGUGGGAUGAAUUCACAGGGGCAAUAGGAGAAUCUGUGGUGGAGACAGGCUGUGGUGUCCUCAAAAGGAAUAGGAAUUCUGCACUAAGUCACUUAAAUUGUUCCAGUAGCAGAUGCAGAAACUUGUUUCUUUCCUUUGAGUAGCUUGCAGGCUUGACAGCCAGUGGACCAUGAAGUGCCCUCCCCAGGUUGCUUUGCUCUAUGAUCCCUCCUCUCAUCAGGGUGGGUUUGCCUCUGAAAGUGUAAACUUGUUUACCAGUGUACAUAAUGCAAGAAAACCAGUCAUGCCAAAAUCUGGAUUUGUAGUUUUGUCACUGUCCCCUGGUAAUAGUGUCAUGAAACAUAGCACUGAUUUCUUCCCCCUCCCCCCCAGUCAUAGUGGCCUGGAUAACCAGUAAUUAUUUGUAUUUUCCAGUAUGGAAGUCCUGGUCUGUUAGACUUGUGUUGAGAUGGUAGCUGUAUUUAUCAAAGCUCUGGCAUAAGAAUAUAAUUUGGGGAAGUACAUAUUAUCCCAAAUAUUUCAGAAUAUAUUUCUACACAAAUCUCUUUGCAAGUGUAAGACAAUUAAUACCAUUAAUAUAAUGCUGAUAAAUUCAAGAGAUCAAAAUUAUUGAAGGUUCAAUAGUAACAUAAUUUUCUGUGGCUAGAUUGGCAAAUGAUCUCAUCUAGUUCAGCUGGAGCAUCCUACAGUCUAGGAGGUCUUUCCAAUAAAACCAAAAAACCCUGGGAGCUUCUUUAUUGAAGAAUCAGUGUUAUAACUGCUUCUCUAUGUCACGUGUUAACAUUUCUAUAAAUACUUACCAGUCUCAAACUACUCUCAAAUUUGUAUUUCCUUUUUUCUCAGUUCCUUUAAUCAUCGCUUGUGUUAAAGAAUAACAUGCAAAUCUCUGAAGGAUUUUUGAUUUGUCUUAAAUUAAGGAAUUGCAAAGUGAAAUGCUGCACUUCAUUGUUUUGCAGAGUGCAGCACAAUUCCAGAAAGAAAUGUAAAUUAAAAACCCCUAUUCUGUAUGAGAAAGAAACAUAGUUUUAUGACCAUGUCAUGUAAAAUAGGAAUGUAACAAUGUUAACAGAUUGGAAAGUAAAAAAAGUGUUUGUAGGCUUUGUGAUUUGCUUAAAAGUAGAUGUUGCUCUCUUCUGGCUCUAUAGUUGUAACCUACAGUUGUGCCUUAUUGUCCCAGUGAGACUGGAUAUUGUAUUUAUCAAUCCAUAAAUAAACCUUCCACUGUAUAAA